ACCGUUUUUUCGCCAAAGCAUGCUUACCGUGCAUGUAGUCAAGGUCGCCCUGCUGUAUGUUUCGAUAUUGUAGUAAAUUAAUUUUACUUGUAGGGCGCAUUCCAAAAGGUAUCCGCAUCAACAUACGCUAUAAUUAUAUCAUCAAUUAUUUUUAGGCGUUGCAUGAUUUCCGCUGAGUGCUCCGGUUACGGGUCUGCAAAAAAUAACGCGAGCAACGUAUGCUGUAUCAGGAUGUGGAGUCCCUGGCGCUCAAGGACGGAGUUGUAUUGGAAGAAAGUGGCAGGGAAUGGCCGUCCUGCCUAACACCGUGAGCUCUUUAGGACCGAGGGGAGGGCUGCUCGACUCACUGAAUCUCGAUCGGGAGAAUGAGCCUUCAAUAGGCUCACACGGCGCUAUCCCUUUCCCCCUGCGCGUCUCCCCUACGUCUGUCCUUCCUAAAGACGCAUGCAUACAUCGACACCGAGGGGAGAUGGACGUGCAAUUCCCUCUGCAUAGCGUGGGACUAUAAGGCUGUUGCUGAAGGGCAAAGACUAUCUUAGUGAUGUGCUUUAAUAUUUUUUGUAUUAAGGUAUAAUCCUAUCGAAAUCUAAUCCUAAAACGGGCCAGAACUCGGACGAUUGGGAGUCUUAAACUAUUUUAAAGCCUGCGAUGCAAUCUUGGUGUAGACUGGACAUCGAGAGAAGAUCGUAACCGGGGGAAACCCAGAUUGUCCUGCCGCCGAGGGUUUAUGUGUUUGCAGGGGAUCCUCAUCGCAGAGCGCUCUUUCACCUUGGAAGAGGCUGCUUUGAAGAAACAGGACAGAAAGGGACACAGGUAGAGACUCGUGCCCACAGGAAGGCACCAUGGAGCGGCCACCGGAGGAGAAGGACCUGCCGGUGCAGAGGAGUGGAGUAGGGGGGGAGCCGGCAGUGGGCCCCCAACGCAAUGGGCUCAUCAACACCCGCAACCUGAUGGUGGAGUCCAAAGACGGAUUGGUGUCGGUAUACUCGGCUCCGCAGUACCAGGGGCACGUCGUGGUCAACCUUUCGCCCCAGCAGGAGAAGAACCCAGCCCCCCAGCUGCUGAAUCCUGGGUCUCUGUCCCAGGCCGUGGACCCCCACUUUCGGCCCAACCUCAUCCUAUGCUCGGAAAACAUGCUGAAGGCCUGGGGUGACGGGGACUGCUGCGAGACCACCUUCAUCGAGGAGCUCUCGCCUGCCACCAAGGAGGGGCUCGUAUUCGCUGACGGCAAGUUCCUGGACCUGUCGGGCGAGGACGCCAAGAUCCAGACACUCUCCUAUGACAUGGAUGACGAGGAUGACUUUCAGGAGCUGGAGAGCGAGUACUCAAGUGAUACGGAGAGCGAGGACAACUUCCUCAUGAUGCCCCCCAGGGACCAUCUGGGCCUGAGCGUCUUCUCCAUGCUCUGCUGCUUCUGGCCCCUGGGCAUCGCCGCCUUCUACUUGUCUCAUGAGACAAACAAGGCUGUAGCCAAGGGGGACUUUCACAUGGCCAGCUCCAGCUCGCGACGGGCGCUCUUUCUGGCUGUGCUGUCAAUCACCAUCGGGACGGGAAUCUAUGUGGGCGUGGCAGUGGCACUCAUCGCUUACCUCUCCAAGAACAGCCACUUGUAACCACCGACUACAUCGUCGAGGUGGCCUGAAGAUAAAAUAGCAACUGCCCCCAAGCUCUAUAACAAAGGCAAUCAGUAACUGGUCCCUGUUAUUAUUCUUGUAAUAUUACCUACACUUUUCUGAUUGCUUUUGCUGUGGCCCGACACACACGUACAGAAACUCACUUCAGGGUGUCUGCAGGGAGCGUGAUCACCUCUUAGCAUUGCCAAGACCUUUUGAAGACCAGCUCCACACUGCUGAUGACCAUGACUGGCAUGCAACAGAGCAGCAGAGACUGUGAAGCUGAAGGUUCUGCUCUUUUAAUUCUGAUUAACCAUCAUGCUGCUGGACACUCCCACUGACGGGCUGGGACCUCUUGUGUUUUUGGAGGAAUGACCUCGUACUUGAUGGUACAGCUGUGUUUCACUACUGGAUUUAGUCACAAGGAACCUAUUUGAGCCAAAACUUAUGCUAGUGUUGUAUGAGUAAUGAACAAGACAUACAGGACAGGUGGAUGCGUGUGAGUUGCACAGUACUUGCUACGUUUUGUCUGUGACACACUUGCUGCAUUCACCUUCUCUGCCCACCAGCAGACUAUAUGACAACAGUCUGUGCCGUCUCCCUCAGCAGACCAGCUGUCCAGAAGAGGGCAGUGUUGCAGACACAGAAAUGACCUUGCAUUUGUGUAUAUGCACGUACAUACCCAAAUGCAUAUUGUUGUAAAUUCUGUAUUUUUCUUCCGUGCACAUUAAAA